AUGGAUUGGCCGCUUAUUACUCGAUACCGUCUCAGACUCGAGCGUAUUUUCCCUGCUCCAGGGGACGACGAGGAGUUUGUGAACCCCCCUGCUAUAGUGGCCUACCUGAGCCAGACGCCCAACGCCUCCCACGUCAUCCACGGCUACAUUCGCAACCAUUCGGCCGUGAUGAGAAGCACGAAAUAUCGUGUCUCCUCCACCCUGUUCCCCCAGGACACGUACCCCGACUUCCCCUCCGGGGGCGGGUUCCUCAUGCCCAGGGCCAGUGUCCCGGCCCUGGUCACGACCUCUGAGCACAUCCCCGUCUUCCCGCUGGACGACGUCUACUUCGGCUUCCUGGUGCUGGCCGCCGGGCUGCGGUACCGGCACGACAACAGAUUCCGGGUGUACGGCGUGCGGGACGAGCUGUGUCUGUACGCGGAGGCCUUCGUGGUGCACGGGGUGUCGCUGGGCAGGGUGGAGGUGGUGAGGAGGGGGUUGUACAAGGAGCGACGGUGCAACGUGACGGGGCCUCUCCCCUCUUAG